CGGCAAACCCGGGACAACACUUCUGUUGACAUAACUCUAAUAGUUGGAAAAGUUUGCAUUACAAUGCUGAUCGGUUAAAUAUUAAAACCAAUAUGAAUUGCCAGAGAUAUGCUUCGAUCGCUUCCUUGUUAUUGUUUCUUUUGGUAAUUGCCAGACCUGGUACAUCAUCCGAUGAGUCCCUGUUUCCCCGUUUCGUGGAGCCGGUCCCAAACGUCACGGUAACGGUGGGAAGGGACGCGCUCUUAGCGUGCGUCGUCGAGGAUCUAAGAGGAUACAAGGUGGCAUGGGUACGGGUUGACACUCAAACUAUCCUCAGUAUUCACCACAACAUAAUAACUCAGAACCCGCGCAUCAGUCUGUCGUAUAACGAUCACCGCUCCUGGUACCUUCACAUCAAAAACGUACAAGAGGUGGACCGAGGGUGGUAUAUGUGUCAGGUCAAUACAGAUCCAAUGCGCUCCAGAAAGGGCUAUCUACAAGUUGUAGUUCCACCUAUGAUUAUUGACAAUAUGACCUCUACGGAUAUGGUAGUUCGUGAAGGCACAAAUGUCACUAUGGUGUGUCGAGCGACCGGCUAUCCCGAGCCCUAUGUCAUGUGGAGGCGUGAAGAUGGCCAAGAGUUUAACUGUAACAGCGAAUGGGUCAACGUUGUGGAUGGGGAAAACCUUACAAUAUCCAAAGUAUCACGUCUUCAUAUGGGAGCAUAUUUAUGCAUCGCUUCUAAUGGCGUUCCACCCUCGAUCAGCAAAAGAGUCGUCCUCAUGGUACAAUUUCCGCCAAUGCUAUCGAUCCCGAAUCAGUUGGAGGCUGCAUAUGUAGGGCAGGACGUAACGUUGGAGUGUCACACCGAGGCCUACCCCUCCUCCAUCAACUACUGGACUACAGAUCGCGGUGAUAUGAUUAUAUCCGGAAAUAAGUACACUACAGCGUUAAACGAUGACAGUUAUUGCCGGAAAAUGAAGCUUACUAUACGCAAAGUAUCGUCCAGAGACUUCUCUUCCUAUCGCUGCGUAGCCAAAAACUCUCUGGGAGAGACAGAUGGGCUCAUACGACUAGAUGAAAUACCAGCGCCCUCCACAACGAGCACCACUGUUAAUUAUGUCCCGACAUUUCCACAGAGGAAAAAAGGUAAACAAAAAAAUCGUUGGAGGGAUAGUUCGGCGGAAAAUAGAGUUAUUGGAGACUAUGAGGUUGAAGAAUGGAAAGAUUUAGAUUAUGAAUCGACCCAGUCUUCCAGGUCAUCAACAAUUCGAGGCUUCAUUCAUCCGUCAUAUCUACUUGCAAUGGCGUUCAUUAGCUGA